AUGUCGAGCUCUUUGGCCGCAGGCAGCGUGUCGCUCGACCACCAUUCUUUUACCUCUUGCUAUACAGUGACGAAGCACUCGUGGAGGGGAAAGUACACGCGAAUUUUCUGCGUAGGUCCACAGGGCAUCGCCACGUGCGACGUUCGAUCGCUGACAAAGCUGACAAACUACUGGCCGUACACCUCGAGUGUGCGCAACAUUGUGGCCGACGGGGUUAACAGUAGUUUAUUCCUGCUCAUUAUCCAAAGCAAUGGCAACCGGGCAGAGGAGCUGCGCUUCUCGUGCGGGUCAGAUGCAGAGCGGGUGCAGCUGCUGACGGAUGUGAACCGGCACAGACUGUUGUUCGAUUGCAACUAUCGUGCCUCCCUAGCAGUGCAGGUGUAUGGGGCGAUGAAGUAUACCAUCAGUGAGACGCUGCGACCGUGUACUCUACGAGUGACAGCCAUUGGCGUUGAGCAACUGUGCCGUAUCGGGGACAGCACGAGUAGCAACGCACCCGCCGAGGGUGUGGCCCCUGCAAGCUCACCAGUACCGGCGUCGGCGACAGCCACCAGCCGUGGGACGGGUGCGUUGCCAGAGUAUGAAAAGGUAGGCGAGUAUCUUUUUUGCAGUAUCCGAGGCAUUACCACGAUUGCGGACCGGCCGGGCAGCAUCGUCAUCGCGUAUGGGACGGAGAUGAAAAUGCACCUCUAUGACGUCGCGAAUGUGAAGCCGCUGAUUGAGGCAAUUUACCGCAACACGAUGGAGUAUGUUGGACUGCCACGCUACCGUGAGAUGAACGUCUUGCAGCAGACCGUGUUUGACUCAGAACGCCUCGGCAUCCGCCGUGACGCCCUGGAGGCUGUGGAGGAGUUCAGCGUUCUCAAGCACUCUCCAAAGCUGCACAACGCCACGGUGCGUCGGUUGCUGAGCACCACGCCGAUUGCUAUUGUGGAGCGCGAUCCUGUUACGUACAAUCCCAUCAGUGUACACUUUCUCCACUCUGUCUUUGCGCUCGUGCGUUGCGAGGACGACGACCAACGCUUCCUAAUUCUUUUCAAGGAUUCCCCGGUGAAGAAGUCGUAUCAGUCACCCGUUCGAGAUACGAUUCUGGCGCAUGUGCUGACAGCGUGCUACAGCGCCGGGGACGGAAACGUGUGUGUCACGUCGCGACCACUCUUGCGCCGCAACCGACUCUCCUCUCUCAAUACCCCAGUCACAGAGGAAGUGGAGAGCCUGCUCUUGAAAGGGCUUGUCGAUGGUCGUCUCGCUGGUGCUCCGGGUGCAGGCGACACGGCGGACUUGACAGGAGGCGGCGUGGGUGCUGGUCUCAUGGCGUCGCUGGAGCUCUUCAACACCAACGUCCCGAGAACAGGGCUGACAUGGAGCGAAAACAGAGAUGGGCUUUUCUCAGAAAAUCGUGAGAAGCUCAUCUUCAACGCCGUCGAAGCAGUACUGGGGCACUUUUCAUGGGUCAAACCGUCGAGUAGUAAGACCAAGCAGGGCAACAACGGCGGCGGUGGUGGCGUGACGCUUGACGCGGUGCAUCAGCACUUUAUUGUGGAACAAUUUCAGGCACUGGGUCGCCUCUCCGUGUCACGAGUGGGGUACAGCUCAAUUGCGCUGGUUCCGUCGCUGUUCAAGUCGGUCGGCGUCUACUCUGUGCAGGCGCUACGGCUGAAUAACCUAGCCAUCUCCUUCGCCGUGAUCGAGUUCUUGAAUACACUCAUGACGCCGUUCCACAACCACUACGAGAUAGAGCACGAGUCCAUUAACAAAAACCGGCUGUUGAGUGCAGAAGGCUUUAUUCGCAGCCUGAUGGAGGUGCUGCGCGACCACAUCCCCAACGAGAGCGCGUCGCUGCUAGUGUUGGAGCUGCUGUUCUUUUUCGAGUUCGCGCUCUGCCCACCGUACAGUACCACGACUGACCCCGCACACUUCAAGCGCCUUUUGGGGGACUUGGUCGAUAUCCUGGGACGACACCUGUUUGACUUACUGAGCCACACAUGCGACAUUAUUCGCUACACCGCUGGUCAGCUGAUUCGGGUUGUGAUGGAGGAGGGCGACAAGACACAGUUUACACGCAUGCAGCAGCUCGCCUUGUCGGAGGGCGGCAUUCUUACCCAGUUCAAUACGGCGGCCUUCUCGUCGAAUAGGAAGCCUCGCAGCCUGGCGCGGCGGCUCAUCGCGUACUGGGCACACAGCAACGUGCCGACCCAAGAUAUCCUGCGACGCAUGGUACCCCUCACUCUUUUGAGCUUUCUGCAGUCGGAGGAGCAGGCGCCACCAAGCGAGUGGGAGCUGGAGGAACAGAAAAAGGUGACUCAGAUGACGGCGUUGUUCCGUGAGUCGAAGACAGGCUGGUUCAAGAAGUCGUUCAACCCGUGCGACGUUACACUGGAGGCGAACCGGAGCGCCGCCAACGGGCCGACAGGGGCGGCUUCUUCCUCCGCUGCAGACCUCCCGGCCGCCGACGGAGGCCGCGUGCGGUACCGUGUGCGCGACGUGAAGGUGGUGCCAACGAUCAACUGGAACAUGUUCUUCUAUCAGUUGAAACAGGACCACUUGCGACCGGACCUCAUCUGGAACCACACCACUCGGGCAGAGCUCAAGGCUGCCGUACAGGCAGAGCUGGAUGCGUUUCGACAGCAUAGCGAUAUGCGUCGGGAGAAGCUCAUUGCGUGGAACUACACCGAAUUCGAGGUUGUCUACCACAGCCUUGAUUCAGAGCUUAAGAUUGGCCAACACUACCCUCGCCUGCUCUUCGAAGACGCGCAUCCGGUGAUCGCAAGGCCGAGGGAGUUCUUCAACGAUAUGUACCACCGCUUCCUACUCGUCCAGGACCCCAAGAGCAAGCUGGAAUGCCUGCACGGACUGGCGCUGCUGUACACGCACUACGCCGAGGACAUUGGUGAGUUUCACGAUGUGCCGUUCCUGCUGCAUAUGCUGCAGAACACAACGGACCCAAUGAUGCGAGACCGCCUGUUGCUGCUGCUCGCCCACUUGCUCAAGGCACGCCACAACAUCAAGCUCUUUCUCGACCACGACGGACUGGCGCCACUGAUGGAGCUGGUGACGGUGGCGCACCUGCACAUCGAUCGACCACAGCUGAAGUCUGUGUCGAACGCAAUCGAGUAUGCUGGCAAUCUCAAGGAGAUGCAAGGGCAGGAGAAGGAAUGGCAUUACACCCGGAAUGGCGUCAAGGCCGGGCCCGUUUCCUUUUCCGAGCUCAAGGAGCUCUACAAGAAGGGCGAGGUGACGGCGACGAGUAAGGUGUGGGCGCAGGGCAUGUCAGGCUGGCGUGAGUUCAGCACUGUGGCGCAGCUGCGCUGGGGGGUCUUGAGCGCCGAUUUACCCGCUAUCCUGACGCUGACGGAGGUGACGUGCACAGUGCUAGAUGUCUUUCUUCUGUUAUGCAGGCAUUACCCAUCGGUGAAUGACGAGGGGGCGAUAAUGCAGCCGCAGCCGAAAGUGAAACGGCUCCUCAGCAGUCCUUCCAUCCUUCCCCAUCUGGUACAGCUGCUUCUCACCUUCGAUAGCGGUGUGUGCUCGCGGGUGCACACACUUCUUUUAUCGCUGAUGGAAGCGAACCCGCUCGUAGGCCACUUCUUUCUGACCGGUGUCUUCUUCUUCUCGUGCCUCUACACCGCCUCAGACGUGCUACCCAUGUGCCGUCUGCUUGCCGCGACACACCAUCGACAGUCGUUCCAGUACGCGGCGGCGAAGAACGACCUGGUGCGCGACAGCAUUUUGGCGCCACUGCUGCCACCGGCAAUGGUGUGCUACCUCACUCAUCACGGCCCCGACGCCUUCGCAGACGUGCUGCUCGGCGAGUACGAUAAUCCGGAGGCGAUUUGGUCCCCGGCCAUGCGGCAGUACCUGGCAGCUAAGACUGCCGCACAUGUGGCGGAUUUUACGCCGCGACUGCUGGGCAACAACACCGCUGUCUAUCAGUACUGUCCCAUUGUUGGGGUGCAAUACGAAUCUCUGCAGAGGGAGCUCUUCUGCAGUCAAUACUACCUUCGCCACUUCUGCGACGAACUGCGCUUUCCGAACUGGCCAAUACGGGACGCGGUGCGCUUCCUCACAGAUGUCCUGCAGCAGUGGAAGGCGGAACUGAACAAACAGCCCUCUUUGCUGACGCAGGAGGCCUGUUACAAGCUCCUGGAGCUACAACCACAUUCAUCGAAGCAGGAGAUGCGUAAGGCCUACUACCAGCUCGCCGCGCGUUACCACCCCGACAAGAACCCCAACGGCCGAGAGGUCUUUGAGCAGAUCCAGCGCGCCUACGAGUUCUUGGCGACCGAUUCGGUGGAGUCCAGUGAGCCGAGUCCGUACAACAUCUCGCUGCUGCUCAAGGCGCAAUCCAUUCUCUUCAAACGAUGCGGCGCCACGCUUCGUCAGUACAAGUACGCUGGCUACAGCCUGCUGUUGCACCUCAUCGAGAAGGAGUUCCGCGCGCCGGAUGCGCUAAACAAGGACGUUGUUCUCCUAGACCCAGCUACGGAGCUGUGCUACUUCACUAUCCGCAACGCACCCCUGAAUGCCGACGAGUUACAGGAGGAGAAUGGAAUCCACCUCCUCGCCGACAUCGCCACCUACUGCUUCGACCGCAUCACCCCAAACUCGCACGACACUGACGUGCAGGUACGAAUUGCAAAGCACUGCAUGCUCACCUUCUCCAUCUGUGCCCGCUUCCCGGAUUGCCGUCUCAAGAUGCUGCGCGAGAAGCAGAUUCCGUAUCUCACAGCGAAGGGUAUAGCCUACUACCAGACCCCGGAGUUGUCGCGGGCGUGCACGCGGGCGUGCGCCAGCGAGUCGCGCAGCCAGAAAAUGCAGUCGGAGCUCAUUUCCUACGGAAGCAUCUGGCACCUGCUUCAGCCGCUGUUUUUCUACGAUGCCUCCCUCGACAAGGCCGGCGUGGGCCUUGAUGAGGAGCAUCACAAGCAGCUCUUCGCUAACCGCACUGCCAUAUUUGCCCUGCACGCCAUCAACGCCCUCUCUGGUAUUUCGCGUCGCCGUUCCAUGGUGUCCGACGACCCCGCCGGCAGCGAUGCGCAAGACAGGGUAGAGAGCGUGACUCGUGACGAAGAUGCGGCGGAGGUGAUUGCCGACGGCAAUGUCCAGGCGACGCGGCACGUCGGGGUUUAUGAGCUCCUGCAACGGCUCCUCACCCCUUUUAUUCUCUACAAGAUGGAGCUGCAGCAAGACAACGAAGCGGAGGUGCUGAUGCUGCUAAACUCCAACUCUGAAACGCCGUACUUUCUAUGGAAUAAUUCAUGCCGUGCCGAGCUGGAGGAACUACUGCAGCGGAACUCGAAGACCUUUCGCGAGGCCGCCUUCGGUGCUGCCGACUUGCCCUCUCUGUCUACGAGCCUGGCCGGCUUCACCUACUCCCUGCAUGCGAGCGAGGUGGUCGUCGGCGGCGUUUUUCUGCGCCUCUUCAUUGCCCAACCCAACUACCCUAUCCAGAGCCCCGUCGAUUUCUUCACGGCGCUGCUUGUCUUCUUGCUUGACAGAGUGGCGAACGUGACGAACAAGGAGGGCGGCGCAGGUAGCGCUGCCGGGGCGCCGACCUCCUUGUCAAACGAGGGUUCAUUGAGGGAGGCCCCGCUUUUGGCGGCUCGGUCGCUGCGACUGCUGAGCGGCGCCUACACCGAGGCACUCUCCGCGACUGUGUCAAAGCAGAUGAGGUCACUGGUUACCCUCCUUACUCCCUCUUUAGCCGUGGCGAAGGCGGACAUUCCCGUGGCAAGGGACGAGGAAUCCAUGCGAAGCUCCCUUUUUCUGGAUAUUGUGCAGGCGUUGGCCAAGUUUCUUUCCUCGGACGCCUGUCUUCAGGCGCUCUCAGCUGUCGAGACAGCGAUGACUGCUGUGGUGCUCUUGUUGGAACAGAUUCUAGGUAAUUAUGACAAAGCACACAGUACGUCUGCUUUUUCAUCAGAUGAGCCGGAUGCGGUUCUAGCGCUCAUUUGGCUCAUGCUCGCCCAUCGCACUCUCGUGCAGCAGAGCCUUGACCGUGGGCUUUACAUCUUUUUGUUGUCCUUGUACGCCACUUCUCCGCGGGAGAAGGUGCGCGAAGAGUGCUGUCGAUGCUUAGCAAAGGGCUACGAUGAUCGCCUAGUCGGACCGCAGCUUUUCCUCCGCUCCUCCAGGUACCUACCAGCGGCGUUUCUGGAGAUGAUGAAGGACAAUGUGAAGCAGGCGUGCCGCAUGCUCGACUCUUGGCAAGAAAAUCCCGAACUGUUGUGGACCAAGACUCAGAGGGAGGAGCUGGUUCAGCAGCUGCAGGUAAGCCGCAGGCAAAUUGUCGCUGCCCUCUCCACUGAUGCACUUGCGUGCUGGAAGCCAUGCGACAUAGCGGGUGACAGCGUAGGCGCUAUUAAAAGUAGCGUUGAGAGCAACAGCGGCGAUGCUGACACCACCGGUAGUCAUCUGCGCCGUCUCCAGGUGGGUGGUGUGUACGUGGAGCUCUACGUGCAGCAGCCCGGCUGGGCGGUGCGCCACCCGAAAGAGUUUUUGCAGGCGCUGCUCGAUCGCUUUGUUGAGGAGGCGAGCAAGGCAGCCGCGCCGACCUCGACCCUCUCCAGCGGCGUCGCUGCUGUGCCGGACAUAAAUGUGCUGGAGCUGCUCACCAAGGCGGGGAAGAUUUUGCUCAACAAUUCGCCGGGGCUUCGCGACUACAUGGCGUCGCUGGGCUACGGCAGCAAGGUUGACCGGCAACUCUCCCCCGUGACGGCGAACCGCGUCACCAACGAGGCAGUUGUCUGCUUUUCGCUGCAGUGGCUUCGGGAAAUGAGUCGCUCUACCGCGUGCGUCGAGUCUAUGAGCAGCUCCUCAGAUUUGCUCCCCUCGCUCAUGAAUGUGAUUCAGCAGUACCCCGCGCUUACGAUGGAGGCACUACAGACACUGGAGGGGUUUCUCAGCAAUGCGACUCGCCGCUCUCGUGUGCUCGAGUACGCACUGCGUGACCAUAUUCCAGAGACACUGCUGAAGUAUCUGGAGGAGGGGCUGCCCGACUCAGCCAGCGCGGCUGCUGGCGUGAGUGCUGCGACCAUUCGCGCCGCUCUGGUGAAGGUCAUUAAGGCGCUUCUCGCCGUCCCGGAUGAGGCGCGCACCCCGGAUAUCCAUGCGCUGCUCGACAAGAGCCUCGUAUGGGCGAAGUAUAAAAACCAAAGCCACGACAUGUUCCUGACGCAGACCCAUUUUGGCGGCUACUUGACCGCGAGCAGCACCACUCAUCCAGGCGCAGCGGCAGUUACACUCUCCUUGACGGCGCCGACGACAGCGGAGGCGAACACGCGAUCCGAGCCGCCGCCGCUCGAGGACCACUCUGGUGCUCCACUGCCACUCUAG